CUGCUCUCUAUAUCUCCUCUAUUUCACUCGAGUCCUUGCACUGCCGAUCUUUUGUAUCGUUAUCGCCGAUGGCUCAUUGUUUCAGGCAUGUAUUCCGUCUGUACUCGUAUCAUAAUAUCGAGUCUGAGAGUAAUGGGCCUCCGAUUGUCCACGUCCUCAGCAAACCCGACAAUUCUAAAAUAUACCCGGCGAUCAUCUCUGUUUUGGCUCAUUUGUGGCGCCACUUGAAAAAGAGAGAGAUAAAAUGGCGAUGGCUUCUCCGACGAAACUCUUCGCCGGCGACUUUGCUUCAUCUCUCAGCUUCUCCCGCUCGAACCCCAAGCUUUUCCCUUCUUCUUCUUCAAGCCGCGUCUACUUCGCCGCUCCGAAAACCCGGCGGUUCCAAGUGUUCGCUUUCGCCGUGAAGCGGAGCCCUAAGCGCCUCAAAUACUCCGGUCCUCGCUUCACCAAGGAGGAUGAGUUGGUCUAUGUUGAGGUUGAUUCAUCAGGAACUGACAGCUGGAAAUUGGAGCCGGUUGUUGAUCUUCUGAAGCAAGGAGCGGUUGGUGUCAUUCCCACUGACACUGUGUAUGCUAUAGUUUGUGAUCCCAGAAACCACUCGGCCAUCGACCGUCUUUGCAGAAUCAAGAAAAUCGAGUCUACAAAGCCCCUCACCAUCUUGUGUCACUCGUUCCACGACAUUGAUCGGUUUACGACAGGCUUCCCUCGUGGCGAUUCCAAAGGUCAUGCAAAUAUCUUCCGAGCUGUUAAGCAGUGCUUACCUGGGCCUUAUACCUUUAUCCUCACUGCGACCAAAGAACUACCUAAGCAGUGUAUAAGGUUUGGGACGACAACUGCCAAAUUCAAAUCCAGGAAAGAUGUGGGUGUUCGUAUGCCUGCUGAUGCCAUCUGUCAAGCAAUACUGGAGAAGAUGGAUUCACCAUUGCUUUCCACAAGUUGCAAGUGCCCAAAGGAAAAUGAGUGGAUUUUGGAUCCAGUUGUUAUAGCUGAUACAUACGGACCAGAGGGCCUUGAUUUUGUCAUCGACGGUGGGUUAAGAGUGGCUGAUCCAUCAACUGUGGUUGACAUGACUGUUUUUCCUCCCAAAAUCAUACGUCAAGGAAAGGGUCCUCAAUUACACUGGAUGGUAGCCGAAGGUGACUAUGAAGAUGACAAUGAAUCCGCUGAGUCAGUAGGAAGCUCAUAUCCUCGAUCACUUGGAAGAUAAUCAUUGCGGCUAAAUCCUGUGGCCAACUAAGAUUAGGAGAUAUCGGAGUUCUUCGCACCAGGGUUGCACCUUUUGAUUCUCCUUGGGGAUGAUCCGUAUGAUCUGUAAAAUUGUGUAAAUAAGUGAUGCAGGAAUACUUAACAGUCUAAUCCCACGGAGGAGCUAACAUUUUCCGUUUUAACUUUUUGAUCAGGCUAACAGUGCAAGGCUGCAAGCCACUUGUCAAGCACUAGCCUUUAUGAGAUUUGUAAGUAGGUCGUCUUUCUCCCACAAAUUAUUCAGCUGAUCUUUGAAGUUCGAUUAAUUAGAUCAUGGACCCUAUUUCAAUGAAUGUUAUUUUUAUACAACAUAG